AAAGAGAAAUCAUAAAAAUAAAAAUGAUAUCAUGUCCCAGCGAAUGAUAGCCCCGGCUUAUCCUCCCAGGGUUGUUCACGGAACCCACUUCCACCCUCCCCCCCAGCGCGCACGCAAAGAAACCCUAACCUAGUCCUUCUAGUCGAUCAACCGGAACACCAAUUCCUUCUACCAUUUUUUUCCUGUCUGAUUCUCCUUUGAUCUUUUCCUGAUCGAGAUCCGAUUCCUACUUCGAUUGCAAUUCUUUUUCUUAAGUUUAAAGGAAGGGAAGGAACGGAUCGCUGGGCGAUGGGGGAGUCGAGCUCAUGGUCGCGGGCUUUGGUGCAGAUCUCGCCAUACACGUUCGCGUCCAUCGGAAUCGCGAUCUCCAUCGGCGUUUCGGUUCUCGGGGCUGCUUGGGGAAUUUAUAUAACGGGGAGCAGCUUGAUUGGCGCGGCGAUUAAAGCUCCAAGAAUCACCUCAAAGAAUCUCAUUAGCGUUAUCUUCUGUGAGGCUGUUGCUAUAUAUGGUGUAAUUGUUGCAAUCAUUCUGCAAACAAAGUUGGAAAGUGUAUCAGACUCACAGUUAUAUGCUCCAGAGUCUCUAAGAGCUGGCUAUGCAAUAUUUGCCUCUGGAAUCAUUGUGGGUUUUGCAAAUCUCUUCUGUGGGCUUUGUGUGGGAAUAAUUGGAAGCAGCUGUGCUCUGUCUGAUGCUCAGAACUCCACCCUUUUUGUAAAGAUACUGGUGAUCGAAAUCUUUGGCAGUGCACUUGGAUUAUUUGGUGUGAUUGUUGGCAUAAUUAUGUCAUCUCAAGCAACGUGGCCAGCAAAGACAGCAUGAGCCAUUUGUCUUUAGAACCAAACAGGGCCGGUUGCUUCUUACUCAGUGAGGUGGAAUUUGUGCAGUGUAUCUUAACUCUUGUCCAGUAUCGCGUUGAUAAUAAAUAUAGUGCCUGUGGAAGAUUUCCUGUAAUCAUUCCAUAGAGUAACUUCAGAUUGUUAUAUUGGCUAUCUUUUUGAUGAUUUUAAGAUCCUGCCACUUUGCAAGGGUAUCUGUUGUUGCAGAGAAGAUUUUUGUUUGCCAAAUAAACAGGUUUCUUAUUACUUGAUUCCUGCUGGCAUUGACUCAAUCUGAUAGGUGAGGAGCUCCUUAUUUAGUCAAUAAUGCUUUGAUUUUCAAUCA